GCGGGUGUUAAGUAACGUUGGCCUGUGUUAAAGUGAUGAGCAUGUUUAGCUCAUUAAAGAAAAACACUGACAAUGAAACACCCAGUCAAUACUACGCAGGUCGAAUGAUACAUGCAUUAAAAAACACAUGUAAUUCCCAAAGUUAGUCGCAUAUAAAGUCGUCCAGUACAGGUGAAACAGAAGCGCAGGUGAUUGAGUUACCUGUCGUGGCUCUCUGGAUGAAGCUCUCUUUGUUGUCGGAAGAUCAGGCUCAGCUUCAAAGGAAACACCUGCUGCCAAAAUCAGCUUUUCUUCCACCUAAGAAAUAAGUCAUAUUCCUGUUUUGAGACGUUCUCAGAAGAACAGGAGAGACAGCAUACACAAAGAAGAAGAAAAAAAUUGAAAGCCCAAACCCAAGAAAAAGAUCCCAGUGUGGUGGUAACCCUCAGCUGAAAUAGGGCCUUUGCUGGGUGGAGGCAGCACGCUGCAGCCAGGACCUGUCACAUUACUCUCAGCUCCACAGUGGGACGAGGGCACCUGAACACAGGCUGCAAGGGAAAGUAACUGAGUUUGAGUUAGGGUUAGACCAAACACAAGGAAGCAAGGACGCCUCUGCAGCAGCAACUAGGUCCAACGUGGGAGACAGUUUUAUCUCUUGAGUCAAGGGGAUCGCAGCGGUGUGUCAGAAAAAGAUUGUGUCUAAAAGUGCUCCAGCCUCCUGUAAAACUUGGACCUGUUUUAAAAAAGAGACAGCACAAUGGAUAAAGACGCUGUACUUGACUAUGAGUACCCAGACCUGGAUCCUUUGCCAACCAAAAUGGAAGCAGAAAUAAUCCCUCCAUGUGACCCUACUGCUGAUGACAGGCUCUACCACAUAUGCAUCACUGCAAUAUCUCUCGUUGUCAUGCUGAUCCUAGCAAUUUUAGCCAGACGCACGAAGGUGGGCGACAGACAGAAAGGACUCCCAGGUUUACUCAGUCCGGUCAACUUCCUGGAUCAUACGCAGCACAAGGGCCUUGCAGUGGCUGUGUUUGGAGUGCUCCUAUGCAAACUGUGGGGCCUGAUCAUAUCGCCAAACCCCCUCCCCUUCACAACAGACACGGAGAAUAAACAGAACUGGGUGAUUCUGGGAGUCUUCUACUACCCCGCACUAUACUACCCUCUCCUGGCAUGUGGUACUUUACAUAAUAAAGUUGGCUAUGUACUCGGUAGCCUCUUGUCUUGGACGCACUUUGGUGUUCUGGUCUGGCAGAAAAUUGACUGUCCCAAAACACCUCUGAUACACAAGCACUACUCCCUUUUCUCCAGCCUGCCCCAGAUAGCUUGCUUGGCAUUCCUCAGUUUCCAGUAUCCCCUUUUUCUAUUCAAGGGCUUAAAGGGCACCGAAAAGAACAAUGCAUCAGAGGAUCUCAGCAGCAGCUAUUAUAAAGAUUAUGUUAAGAAAAUACUCAAGAAGAAGAAGCCCACCAAAAUCAGCACAUCGAGCUCAGAGACGCCAAAGCUUCCUCAAAGAAUAAUUGAUGCUGUGAAGUCAUACAUUUACACACCAGAGGAAGCUUUCCGUUUUCCAUUGAAGUUGGCCAUAUCUUGUGUGGUGUCAUUUAUUACCCUGUAUCAGGUGGGUCUUCUACUGAUCUCGGCAGUGGUGCCGCAUCUCCAGAUUGCCCGUUUGGGAGUUGAUGAAGACAUCGCCAACGUUUUAGCUGGCUUCAAGGUUAUUCUGUCUCCAGACAAACAUGAAGUGGUCAGAAUAGUGGUUCAUUACAUGUGGUGUGUAGAAGUUUGCUAUAUCUCAGCAAUGACCCUGUCUGGUUUGGUCAACCUGGCCAUGCUCAUGCGGUCCAUGGUUCUGCAUCGGUCAAACCUGAAGGGGCUGUAUAGAGGAGAUAUCUAUAAUGUUUACAACUGCCAGAGAAAUAUCAGGGCUUCACGACCAGCACUGGUCUGCUGGAUGGGAUACACCAGCUUCAGUGCAGCUCACAUCUGCCUCGGCAUGAUCAUCCAGACCAUGGUAUUCUUCCUCUGCCUUCUGGUCACUGUCUUCCUCAUCAUCAUGCCUGUACUGCGCAGAGAGAAUCUGAUCCUCUUUCAGAUCUUGUGGAGCAUGUGGCCCUUCUGGCUGAUGAUUCUCUUGGCUGUGUUGAUUCAACAUAUCACCGGCAGGUUUUGCUUCAUCAAAAAAACAGCAGGCACACGAGACCUAGACAACAGGGGCAAUCUGUUCCUGCUGACCUACCUGCUGUUUCCAGUCAAUGUUCUGAUCGGGGUGCUGCUGGCAGUGUGGCGCAUGAUGAUCACAGCCCUGUUCAACAUUGUCCACAUGGGACGCAUGGACAUCAGUCUCCUUAACCGCAAUGUGGAGGCAUUUGACCCAGCCUACCGCUGCUAUGCUCAUUAUCUAAAGAUUGAGGUGAGCCAGUCGCACCCUGUGAUGAAGGCCUUCUGCGGGAUGCUGCUGCAGUCCGUGGGCCAGGAGAGCAAUGCUGCACAGAGGUCACGGGAUGCUGAAGAGGGGAUCCAGCUGGUCAAUCAGGAGAAGAAACAGCACAAAGUGUCCACUGCAAAGAGGGCCCGCUGGCACUGGCAGCUCCUCUACACCCUGGUCAACAACCCCUCCCUGGUGGGCACCAGGAAGCACUUCCAGCGCCAGGCCGCAGAGAGCUUUCUGAAUGGAAGCCUCAACCGCAGCGCCAAGGAGGGGAGCAAAACAGAGGCAGCAUCCAAGGAGGCAGAGACCGCUGACAGCAAGUGAACAUGAAUGUGACCCCAAUUAGGGAUUGGCACAAAGUCUCUUCUGGUUUUGGGCAAAUUCUAUAAUCAUAUUAUUUGUCCACGAUAAGUGCACUUAUAGUCCAGCGCCACAUGUAGAGAUAUUCACCGAGCCUUUCCUGUCUGGAGAUUGUGUCUCCUCUUUGUGCUCUUCGUGUUAAACUGGUUGUUUAUAUGAGGGCCACCGUCUCCAGUCUGAUGGGAGAGCUUGUGUUGCACUGAUCUCCCAUCUGAACACACUCAUUAUGUGUCAUUUUCAAUGCAUUCAUGUGCUUAUUUUGGGAUGCCACUAAUUUACUUUAUGUUUCAACCUGUGUUGAAUGUUUUUUUCCAAUAUGUUGUUAUCAUAUAGUGCAGAUAAUGCAAAUUUGUUGUUGCCUAAACUAAACACAUAGACAUGCAUCCCACUGAAACAUCCUUAUGACGAGGGUAAAUAAUAUGUUUAUUAUGAUUAAUAUGAUUAUUUCACUAUUUAUUAAUUUAAAUAAUGAGGUGUUUUCAUAGACAGGGUAAUAAAUUUCUUUUUUUUUUCAAUUGUGAACAUUUUGUGUAAUUUACAAUAACCUGUGGAAUAGAAACUACCAGACAAAUUAAACCAUAUAUUUUCUGUUUUAUGUGUAGAUCUUUAAGUCUCAAACCACUUGCUGCU